ACCUGGGCAGCAGCCAGGGUGACGCGGAGAAGGGCGCCGGCUCUCAGAGUUCGUGCCCGAUGGGCCCGGGACACCGCGUCCCGCCGCUGCCGGCCCGUCCCCGUCUCCGCCAUCCCCGGCGGCUCCGCGGGAAGCGCAGGGACGCACCUGCGCCCGCCACUCCUCCCCGGCGGCGAGCGGGAGGCAGCACCCGGCGGCACGCCUGCCUCCAUCCCGCACCCGCCGCCAAGCACCGCCCGGCGGGGCCGCUCGGGGCCCCCCGGCGGCGGCACCGAGAGCCUCUGCCGCCACGGCGAGGCCGCACGGGCGCCGGGAAGGCGGCGGCGGCGGCGCAGCGCGGCACGGCACCGCCCCAUCCCAUCCCGGCCCCGCACGCCGCCGCGAUCCCCGUUAUCCCGCGGCGCUGGAUGCGGCGGGGGGUGCAGGGGGGCCACACCGGCCUCCGCCGCCCGGGAGUUUUAAAGGGGCAGCGCGCCCCGCUAGGACGGGAGCAGCGGCUUUGCCCCGGGGGUGCCCGGAGGGCGGGAGGGCCGCUCCCGUUCCCGGUGCCGGCAGUGGGGCGGGCGCGGAGGGAGGGGCGGGGGCUGGGUGUCUCCCGCUGCCGCCACAGCGCUCGCCGCCUCCCCUCCCCCACGGCGGGGGCUCCUCGCCGCAGCCUCUGUGCUCCGCUCCCGGUCAUGUGACCCGAACGUAACCGGACAGGAAAAGCCGCCGCCGCCGCCGCCGCGCUGACUCCGUUGUUGCUGCUGCCGGGCGCGGAGACGGCGGCGGCCCCCGCGCGGCGCCACCCGGCGGCCCCCACGCCCCCCAGAGUGUAAAAAAAUGGAUUUGGCCAACCAUGGACUUAUUCUGCUGCAGCAGCUAAAUGCUCAGAGAGAGUUUGGUUUCCUGUGUGACUGCACAGUUGCCAUUGGAGAUGUCUACUUCAAGGCACACAAAUCUGUCCUCGCUUCUUUCUCCAACUACUUCAAGAUGUUGUUUGUUCAUCAAACCAGUGAAUGUGUCCGUUUGAAAGCGACCGACAUCCAGCCUGAUAUCUUCAGUUAUCUCUUGCAUUUGAUGUACACUGGGAAGAUGGCACCACAACUCAUUGACCCAGUUCGACUAGAACAGGGAAUAAAGUUUCUGCAUGCAUAUCCACUAAUUCAAGAGGCCAGCCUUGCAAGUCAGGGAACUUUUUCUCAUCCAGAUCAAGUCUUUCCAUUAGCAUCUUCAUUAUAUGGCAUUCAGAUUGCAGAUCACCAGAUAAGACAUCCCACUAAGGUCACGUCAGCGACUGACAAACUUGGGCGAGAACCACGGCCUCAGACAUCACGGAUGAACCAAGAGCAGGCUUCGGAAGGCUCACAGCUCUCGCAGUUGGGUGCAAAUCUGCCACAAGUGACCCGGACAAAUAUGUCUGCUUCUGACCCAUUGCCGUCCUCUCUGUCUCCAGAACUGGUGUCUGCUGCUGGUAAUAAUUCCCCUUCAGGAGAAGAGGCCAAUAUGGAAGCAUCUUCUUCAGAUGAACAGCCCACCUCUCUCACAAUAGCACACGUCAAGCCAAGCAUUAUGAAAAGGAACGGAAGCUUCCCCAAGUACUAUGCCUGUCACCUCUGUGGCCGCCGGUUCAACCUGCGCAGCAGUUUGCGGGAGCACCUGCAGAUCCACACGGGAGUUCCCUUCACAUCUAGCCAGCAGGGAGAAAGUAACAUUUCUUUGUCUCUCUGUAACAACACAGCUGAUAAAGAUGCCAUGGAAGUGCCUGAAGCGGGGAUGAUUAGUGACAGCGAGCUGCAGCAGAUCUCAGACUCCCCAAUAAUUGAUGGGCAGCAGCAGUCAGAGACGCCUCCCCCUUCCGAUAUCGCAGACAUUGACAACCUGGAGCAGGCAGAUCAAGAGAGGGAGGUAAAGAGACGGAAAUACGAAUGUUCCAUCUGUGGUCGCAAAUUUAUUCAGAAGAGCCACUGGAGGGAGCACAUGUACAUACACACGGGGAAGCCCUUCAAGUGCAGCACUUGUGACAAAAGCUUUUGUAGGGCUAACCAGGCUGCCAGACACGUGUGCCUAAACCAGAGCAUGGACACGUACACGAUGGUGGAUAAACAGACUCUAGAGCUCUGUACUUUUGAGGAAGGCAGUCAAAUGGACAACAUGUUAGUACAGACCAACAAGCCCUACAAAUGUAACUUGUGUGACAAAACUUUUUCAACUCCCAAUGAAGUAGUCAAACAUUCGUGCCAAAAUCAAAACUCUGUCUUUACACUAGAAGAAGAUCGCUCCAUUCUGUUAGGUGGUGGGGACACAGAAGCCACAGAGACUGAUAACGCAGUGUUAGCCUCCAUCAAAAAGGAGCAGGAAGCAGUGUUGUUAGACUGAAUGUGAAACCUAUAUCAAUUUUUUAAAGUUUCUUUACUCAUUUUUUAUUAAAUCAAUUUUUUCCUCCCCCUACCUCUUACCUCACCCCUGCCAUCUUUUCCAGCAACCUCCUUCCCACCCUUUGUCUUCAGCAACCAGAACUGUACUGGCACAUUAGGAAAUUGGACUUUGCCUCUCCCACCAAAACAAACAAAAAGCUCUUGCGUCAAACCACAACAAAAUUGAUUUUAAUACAAAGGAACGUGAAAAAACAAUCCAGCUAACUAUGUUGAUAGUAUUAGUUAUUCCAAAUUUAAUAGAUUUUAAACAAAAUUUAGAUUGCUUAAAAGUGUAUUUAGAUACAAUGAUGAGUGUAACAAGAAACAGAGUAUCAGUUUGGUAAGCAAAGGAUAUAUGUAUUUUAGUUUCCCUGGUAGAAGGCGUUUUGAGAUCUGGCAGAUUAAACACCAUGGUCUUAACAAGUCUGCAUGCAAGUUGAUUAAGGUUAUAACCUAAGCCCUCAGAACUUUUCUCAAGGAAUGCAGAAAUCUCUGUUCAUUGAGUUAAAAAGAGCUGAGGGUGUUGGUUUUCUUUUAGCCAUAUGUUUUCCUUCAAGUAUGCCUUUGGGUAUCUGUUUCAGAGUCAAGCAAAGUCAUUGCUUAGUCAAAUUUUGACUUAAGUAGCUGUAAUAGUAAUGUGAUGGCAAUCUUUAUAUAUAUAUAUAUAUAAAUACUGUAUAUGUAUAAAGAUUUAUAUAUAAAGUGUCUCUGUGUACAUUUGGUACAGGUAAAUAAAUGCACACAUCCUUUUUAAGUAACUGGCCAUCUGCUCUCAGAUUCAGCCUGGAAUGUCUUUUAGUUGUUUGACAAAGCUAGUCAUUGCACAGGUUUCUUUUAACCAAAUUGGAAAUGUCCUGAGCUGUGUGCAUUUUUAUUGACCUGUUGAAGAGAAGCCAAUAGGUAAGUGUUGUGACCCAAGCUACCAAGGAAACUAGAGAAGUGGCAUACUGGUGAGCACUGCUCCGUCGUUAGUGCAGCACAUGCGUGUAUUGUUAGCCAUGUGGAGGUUUGAGUCAUUCUGGAUGGAAGGAGAGAGAAAAGCUUUAUCCCUUACUCAGACAAGGAAUGUCCAUGAUUUCAUUUGGCCCAAUGGCAUGAGUUAAGAGGGAGUAAAAGCGGUGUUCUAGCAACAGGGGAUCAUGGUUGUUUAAAAAUGAAUCUGUAGUGCUGGCUGGGAAAUUCGUUCUACUCUAUGAGAGUCCUGUUCUUCUGAAAGCCAAGACAAAGCCUGCAAAAACUGAAAGGGUGAAUUCUGUAGUUUUAGUUACUGCUGAUGGUAGUACUGCAUCUUUGUGUUAAAAAUCAAGUUGUUGAUUUUUACUAUUUUAUAUAGAUGCCCAGAUUUUUUGCUGGUAGUCUAAAAACCUAAACUGACAGCAGCAGUGAGGCUCACUGAGCAAUUACUGGGCCAACAGAAGGUGUAAGUGGACAGAAAAAGUGCCCCAUCAUAAAUGGAGACAGUGUGUGUUUGGGGGGAGGGGUGGGAGAGGGCAAGUCACAAACCACAGCUCUUCUCUGUGUAUAUGUUUAAACUGAAUAUCAUCUUUUUGUGUAUAGUUAAGUUCUCAGAUUUGUAAGUUUUUAUACAUCAUUUCAUUGAAUAAAAACUGAAUUAAAUGGGAUAUGAUUUAUUGAGUUGAAGGUGAAAGGUUGUUGGUGUUCGGUCUUCCUGGACGAGCUCUAGCUGAAUCAGUUUAAAAGCCAAGCAAUGUAUUGUGUCUAUCAGACAAAACCUCCAUCACACAGGUGAACAAUGAGCUUACUAAAACUUGAGGUGGAUUUAGCACAAAAGUCUCUACAUGAUGGACUUUUUAUCUCUCUCGUAUUAAAGUAAUAGGUUUUAAAUCAAUUGAUUUCAAAGUGUAGAAGUCUUUUGAGGAAAAAAAUAACAUCUUACAGAAUUAUUUUAGUGCUGCCCACUUUAAAACUUCUUUAGGAUCUUCAUCCACUGGUAUAGUUUCCUUAAAUGUGGGUUUUAUUUCAUCUCCCUUAGUCCAAAAUGUUCUCAGAGUAGAAAAAGAAAAUAAUAAACCUUUCCUGGUUCAGGGUAAUGUCAGCUUUUGUGUCACUAUCUGUGGUUUAGGGGAUAGUCACAAGUUCAUUUCUAAAAUGACUGUAUCUGCUAAAGGUGCUACCACCUCAGCUGUUAGUUACUGCUUGGAUGCUUCUUUUUUUUUUUUUUUUUUUUUUUUUUUUUUUUUUUUUUUUUUUUUUAAUUUCAGAGCUCCAGUUCUGCUCUGGGGCAAAGUACAGCAGUUCAGCUCAACCCCCCAGGUGGCUGGUGUCAGGGUGCACAUGGCCACACCAUUUAUUGUGAGACAUUAUUCCUCCUCUCACCUCUCCUUCUCCACUGCUUGGAAAUCAUGAUGUUUGCUAAGUUACACGUUAAAUGGACUCAAGCGAAAAACAACCAGUCUUAAAAAAUGCUAUUUUCUGUCAAACCUGUUCGUUAUUUUAGCUUUGCAGAAGGUUUUGAACAAGUCACAGAUUGUGCAAAGAUGGAGAUGAGCCGGGAAGAGCCUUGCUGAAGCCAGUGUUGCUGCUGGCAGCAUCCAGGAUGUAGAAGGUGGGAAGUGGUGACUCCCACUUGGGCAGGCAGCUCAUCGGAGGCAGUGUGGCCUUGCAGGCUGGUGUGCUGCCCAGCAGGAAGGAGCAGGGUAGGGCAGGGAACAAGCAGCCAUGGGAGGAGUUGGUUAUGACCGUCCUGCUGUUACAAAGAACAAAAUUGCAGGCUCAGCAGAGAUACUUUCACCUGUUAAUAUUUAUUCUUAUGAAAUAACUGUCGGAUAAAGAGAAAAAAAAUCACAAUAAAGAGACUGUUUUAAUACA